UUUUUCUUUCAGGAAACACAUCCUGUUCACAUUUCACUGCUGUGGCAGUGGCUCCGUUUGUUGCACUCGGCUACGCCCUGAGACUCACCAAAAACAGCCGUUUCCUCUCUCCAUUGAGAGAUAGGAGGGAAAAACUUCCUCGCAGCAGAGGUUCUGCUUUCCUGCUCGUGUUGCUCCCAGCUCCGACAUGCAACAUUCAUAGAAGAACCGAAGCAGCAGAACAGAUUUCUUUGGAAAACGCCGGGGGCUCCUAGGGGAUAACUAUGUACUUUUCUUGGUUCAGAAUUUGCUUGGGCGCUGAGAGUACAAUCCUGCUGUGCUUGUAGGAUGUUCUGAAUUGGACGGCGGCAAAUAAAAAUUUCAGAGCUCUUGCCAACGAACUCUUACAUGUGGGUCUCGGUCUUCACUCACAGCUGUGCUCCAGAAGGUUAAGGCACCUGGCAACAUUUGUGGGCAUUUUCUUCUCUUGUCCAAGAACAAACGUUCCCUAUAUCGACCUUUUACAAAUUGGGUUCCCGAGAAAAGAAUGCAUCUCCUUGUAUUUCAACUUAUCACCAGCUUUGCUCUGCUCAAAGUGCAGGAAGGAGGAUAAAGCACCGAUUGGGGAGACAGCGACCUGGAAGUCUUAUUUCUACACUUUUUAUAUGGAUUUCUCCUCUCUGUCUAGCAGUCCUUUGUGUGACCAGAAACACCCUAGACGUUGUCUUCUGAGAAUGAAUGGUGAUGUUCUCUAGCCACUUGUAACGUUAUCUGCACCCAUCUUAAUUCAAUGCGCUACAGCUAAGUGGAACACUUGGAUCUUCUACAAAGAGUGGGUGCCAGCAGUGUAUGACAGUCAGAUAUGACUGUCCAGAAACUGGUAGCUACAGCCGUGUUAGUAGCUCUGGUUUCACUUAUUCUCAACAAUGCUGCUGCCUUCACCCCCAACUGGGUGUACCAGACCUUGGAGGACGGGCGCAAGCGCAGCGUGGGGCUGUGGAAGAUGUGCUGGCUGGCAGAAAAGGGAAGAGGAGGCGCGGGCACAGGUGCCAGGCAUGGCCAAGGGGCAGACCGCGAAUGUGAAUCCUUGGGCUGGGGUUCAGAGCCCGCCGGGUUCCAGGAAUCUCGUAGCACGGUCAAACUGCAGUUUGACAUGAUGCGAGCCUGUAACAUGAUUGCCACAGUCGCUUUGACAGCCGGUCAGCUUCUUUUCAUGUUGGGAUUGGUAGAACUGUCCGUUAUUUCUCAGAAUACCCAGUGGUGGGAAGAAGCCAUCGCUGCUGUGUUCCAGCUUGCCAGUUUUGUGCUGGUCAUUGGAUUGGUAACCUUCUAUCGCAUUGGACCCUACACCAGCCUGUCCUGGUCUUGCUAUCUAAACAUUGGGGCUUGUCUUCUCGCUACACUGGCUGCUGCCAUUCUCAUAUGGAACAUUCUUCACCGACGGGAGGACUGCAUGACACCCAGAGUAAUCGUAAUCAGCCGCACCCUCCGUGCUAGCUUUCGACAAGGUCUGGAGAAUGACUAUGUUGAGUCACCAUGCUGAUAACGUGUGGGUGGAGGAGAGGAGACUAUCCGGAGAAGAUUUACAUAUUGGAUUGCUUUCUAUAAAUAUGACAUGUAAUUUAAAUGCUGAAGAAUACCACAAAGUUCACUUUUCAAUUAAAGAAGCCCAGCAUUAUUACCUGGAUGGGCUACAUCUAUAAAUGUAUACAUGUACAUUAUACACUAUCCCUUCCCUCUGAUGUACAGUGUAAAAUACUAACCAUUCAGCUCAGCCAUCCUGAUGGAAUGCCAGUCGAAGGACAGAGAGACUGAAACUAUGGCAGAUGUGGUCCAUGUUAAUUUUGUGGGGAUAUGAAAUGAGGGAGACAAAAUUCAGUAUUCUAACCUCAAUUCAUGUUUCAGGGGAAGUUAUACCAUAGUUCAAUAGCUGAAAAACAAGCUCAAGGGAUUGUUCAUAGAAGUUGCCCUUCUUUCAAAACCAACAACACUGGCAGUCUGAAAGUGACAGUAGCUUCUCUCAAGUUACUAUUUUCAUCCCAUACAUGUCUUUGUAACAUUGAUCCAUCGAAUCAAAUAAAUUUAUUGUCAUUGUAAGUAUAUACAUAGUAUACCCAUACAACAAAAUUCACAGAUACCCAAUACUGAAAUCAUCCAAUACUGAAGAUGUAUCCAAUCUGACUAAAAUAAUAUUUCUGUCCUGAAACUUGGCAAACCCAGAAACUACUAGCAUAUUUUAACAAUUUAUAAGGAAAGUGGGGAAAGUUUUUUUUAAAGAAAUGAAAGUUUAAGAUUUCAAGCUUAUCUUCUUCAAUAUUUCAGAAACUUUACAUGCUGUUAAACUGCUGGCAAAGAUAACAUUUAAGUAUAAUGUGCUCCAGUUAUAUAGUUAUGUUCAUACUCAAACCAAGAAAAUGUAGAUUCUUUCUGCCAUUUCAAAGCAAUUACAGUGUUGCCCCCUGGACGAUUACCCUGCUUGACGACGAAUCCGCUCGAAGU